UUCUGGGUGUGAGGGGAAGGGUCUUGGGUGCUUGGAGUCCUGAGCUUGGAGAGAUGAUGGUUAAACUUCUGGGAAUCAAGUCGAACUCCUGAGUCCUUGACACUGAUGUAUGUUGAGUGGAGGGUCAGCAUGCCCUGCUCCGGGUUGGCGAUGCUGGAGGUGGGCCUUGGACCAGAGAAAAUGCUUUAAGUGACACGCAGGCAGAGGCCUCCGUUCCUGGUGCCCGCCGCCACGGGCGCUGCCGACGGCCCGGGAAGCAGACCCUGUGCCCCUCCAGUCUUCACUGUUGGAAUGGCUGCUUCCGCGCAGUGCAGGUUUGGAAGGUAGCAGUGUGGCACGGGACCCUAGAAUUCUCCAAAAGGAGCCACUAGAGGCUGGGGAUUCUGGAAUUUAAGUGUGGACGGGGUGGUGGGUGCGAGAUCAGAGACCCUGGUGGGCGCGGGGACACCUGCAGGCUGGAAGCCCCCCGUGCGCUCCCGCGGCAGCCUGGCAAACAGGUUCUCCAUCCCCGGGGAGGACGCGGCAGGAGGCGGAGGAUCGCCUCACUCGCCAGGACCAGGUGCGGGGGCCCUGCCCGGCCGCUGGGGCGUGGCCAGGCUCGAAGCACCCAGGUGCCUGGGGCCGACUCUAAGCCCUGGCGCCGGGAAGGAUAGGGCGGCGGAUUGGACCUCCCGGCUCCAGCUUUGCAGCUGGGCGCGCGGCCUCCGGGUCCACGCAAGGAUGCGGCGGCUGCUCGGAAGCCAGCCCUCGCUGCCAGUCCGGGCAGGCUGCGCGGAGGGAAGGGCUGCGGGGCCGGAGAGCCGGGCGCCUGGCGUUCCUGGGGCCGCCGGAUAUGGCCAGCCUUGGCGGACGGCGAGCUCUGGCCACCCGAAGCGUGGAUCUGCCCCCUUCAAGGAGCUCAGCCAUGUGGCCGCGGAGCCAUCGUCACCUCUGUCUGGCCUUCCUGCUAGUCUGUGUCCUCUCUGCAAUCUCCUUCCUCAUCCACUUCCACCAAGACAGCAUUCGACACGGCCUAGGCCUGUCGGUCCUGUGUCCAGACCGCCGCCUGGUGACACCCGCCGUGGCCAUCUUUUGUCUGCCGGGUACCCCGAUGAGCCCCAACACCUCCUCUCCCUGUCCCCAGCACCCUGCCUCCCUCUCCGGCACCUGGACUAUCUACCCCGAUGGCCGGUUUGGUAACCAGAUGGGGCAGUAUGCCACGCUGCUGGCUCUGGCCCAGCUCAACGGCCGCCGAGCCUUCAUCCUGCCCGCCAUGCACGCCGCGCUGGCCCCGGUCUUCCGCAUCACGCUGCCCGUGCUGGCCCCAGAGGUGGACAGCCGCACGCCCUGGCAGGAGCUGCGGCUUCACGACUGGAUGUCGGAGGAGUAUGCAGACUUGGGGGAUCCUUUCCUGAAGCUCUCCGGCUUCCCCUGCUCCUGGACUUUCUUCCAUCACCUCCGGGAACAGAUCCGCAGUGAGUUCACGCUGCACGACCACCUUCGCGAAGAGGCGCAGAGCGUGCUGCGGCGGCUCCGCCUGGGGCGCUCGGGGGCCCGGCCGCGCACCUUCGUGGGCGUCCACGUGCGCCGUGGGGACUACCUGCAGGUGAUGCCGCAGCGCUGGAAGGGCGUGGUGGCCAACAGCGCCUACCUCCGGGAGGCCAUGGACUGGUUCCGGGCACGGCACGAAGCCCCGGUGUUUGUGGUCACCAGCAACGGCAUGGAGUGGUGUAGAGAAAACAUCGACGCCUCCAAGGGCGACGUGAUGUUUGCCGGCGACGGACAGGAGGCUUCGCCGUGGAAAGACUUUGCCCUGCUCGCGCAGUGCAACCACACCAUCAUGACCAUCGGCACCUUCGGCUUCUGGGCUGCCUACCUGGCUGGCGGAGACACUGUCUACCUGGCCAACUUCACCCUGCCAGACUCUGAGUUCCUGAAGAUCUUUAAGCCCGAGGCCGCCUUCCUGCCCGAGUGGGUGGGCAUUAACGCAGACCUGUCUCCACUCUGGCCACUGGCUGAACCUUGAGAGCUGGGGAGACUUUCCGGAAUAGCCUGAUCUUUCUAGAGCCAGCAGUCUGUGGCUCCAGGAGCCUGGCCUCUUCUGGAGAAGCUUAUGGUGUUCCUGAAGCCAAUGGGCACCCUUUUCCAGAGCGAUUCUAGUUGGGAGAGUUGGAGAGAAGGGGGACCUUUCUGGAACUGUCUGAACAUCUAGAACUAGCAAAAUGUCUUUUUUCUGAUGGCUGGCAGGCAGUUCUAGAAGCCACAGUGCCCACCUGCUCUUCCCAGCCCAUAUCUAGAGUAGUUCCAGAUGGCUGCCCCCAGGAAUAGAAAACUCUCCCUCUGCUCUUUUCUAGAAAAGGUUUACGGCUCCCCUGGGUCCUCAGAAGACUGAGGGAACACAUGGUUGGUCCAGAGCAAGCAUUCAGCGAGUCCCAUUCUGUGUUUCUGAAGUGAUUCUAGAGGAAGACUUGUUCUAGAGAGGGCCAGGUUCGAUGCCUAUGAAGAACCCUGCAGGGCCCUUCUGGAGGGGAUGGGGUUCUGGAAAUCCAGAUAACUAAGGUGAAGAAUCUUUUUGGUUUUUUGGUUUUGGAGACAGGGUCUUGCUCUGUUGCCCAGGCUGGAGUCUGGAGUGUGGUGUCACCUCAAAUGCCUCAGCUCAAGGGAUCUUCCUGCCUCAGCCUGCUGAAUAGCUAGGACUACAGAUGCACAC